AUGUUGCGGCCAAUCGACCUGACUCAGGAGACGGUGCUGAAGACAACUCUUGGUUGCUCCGUGAUAGACGGCUUCUUGAGAGGCGAAUCAACCGCUGGUAAGACGCAACUGGUGCUUCAGAGCCUUUUGACCGUGCAACUCCCACAAAGCGAGGGCGGGCUUAACGGCAAGGCUGUGUACAUCUACACUGAAGGUAAACCCCCGGUGGAGCGCCUGCAAGCCAUCCUAGCCAACCGUUUCCAGGGGCGACCUGACGUCAGCCUAGCCAACGUGCUAAUCGAGGAGCGCCCUAUUGCCACACCGGAAGAUCUACUGAGAUCUGUACGGCAGCUCGAGGCGCUACUGGAGAGGGAGGCGGCGGUGCCGCCGCUGCCGCCGCCACAUCUAACUUCCGGAGGUGGCGCCGCGGGAGCGAGUGGUGGCCGUCGGGUGGUUCGACUGCUUGUAAUCGACUCCGUGGCUCGCGUAUUCCGCGAUGUCGCGGAGGGGGACGAGCCACAGGUACAACAGCUGCAGCGCCGAGCCACGCAGCUAUUCGGGCUUGCAACCCUACUCAAGCGGUUAGCCCAGCAGCACCAGCUGGCCGUUCUGCUAACCAACCAGGUGAUGGACGACUUCAACGACUCGGACUCACAAGCUGUAACGUCACGGCCGUUCUUGCAACUGAUGUGUGGACUGGACUUGACCUACAUACUCUACUGGGGUCCGCAUGGGGUUCGGGGUCCUCCUAUUUGGCAGGUGACAGCACCAGGGUCCAGGGCGGCGCCGCUGCUCAGCUCCGGUCGCCGAGUGCUACCGGCGCUGGGGCUGGCCUGGGCCAACUGCGUCAAUUGCCGCCUAUUCGCCGCACGACACGACUCCUGGAAUGGUGUCGUCGUACGCAGCCUGCAGGUGGUAUUUGCGCCCUACCUACCGCACUCCUACUGUUGCUUCCGAGUUGAUCACCAGGGCGUCUGGGGGUUAGCGGAGGAAAGCGGCGACGACGGACUGGGGGCCAAUAAGCCGUUGCCCCCCAGUGACGUGCAGCCGCUCCGAUAA